AUGAAGUCUGUUAUGAACAAGGACGUGUAAUUAAACCACUCUAAAAGUGGUGCUGCAGGAGGUCCAAACAAUAAAGUUUUCGAAUUCCAAAGCUUCAUAGACGAAUAAAGAUAAAAUUAGACAAUUAAAAAAAUAGAAGAGGAGGCUGAAUUUAAAGAGUAGCAAGACAACCCCCUCACUCUAGAUCUCAAUAAAGUUAAUCAGGAGACUUAAAAUAAUGGGCAGAUGGGACCACACCGAAAUCCUACUUCAACUUAGCAUUUAGUAACAGAUGCAUUUUACUCUAAACUACCUAAUGGAUAUGUGUAAUCCAAAAAGAGCAUAUUCUUCCUAUAGAGCAAGACUAUUAAAUGCUAGCUGUCUAAAGACACCUAGGAUUAAAACGAAAAAGCUCUACUAAGUCCUCAAAAUAUCCAGUAAUUCGUAAAUAAAAAUGAUGGAAACAUAGUUGCUGGGACAGCAUCAUCUACUUUACAGUAGCCUACAUAAAGUACUUAGGGUAUUCCUCCACCUAUUCUUCAAGGAUUUUCUCCUUCACAUUCAAUAACAAGUCCUAUGGCUCGGAAACAAAAAUUCAAUGCUUUAAUGAACCCUAAGUUUCUAAAUUAAAGAGAGAUAUUGCUAUCGGCUUUAAGGAAAAAUGAAACUAGGUCGCAGCAUUAAUCUCCAGCUAAUAAAAUAAAUCAAGCUUCUGCUCAUUCACCUAAAAAUAAACUAUCGCCUCUUCAACAGCCAAAGCUAAUCAAGCCCAUUCAUUAAACUAACUUAAAAUUCUCACAGGACUAAACUCUCUCUCUAAUAUUCGAUAAACCAAUAGCCAGCAGUACAGCUUUAUACGAUACCAAUCGAAAUUCAAAACUGAACAAAAGUGAUCAAAAGAAUAAGCAGCAAUCUUUACUCAAGCUUAGUUUGUCCAAGGCUAAAUUAAACUAGGAUCUUUAGGAACAGGUUGGAGAACCUAACUAGAAAACUUUGCUUGCACAAAAGUCACCAAUCAGACAUGUUGAUAAUAGCAACAGUUAUAAUAAACCUCGCUUAUUUAAGAGCAGUAAUAAAGAUCUUAUUGAAAGUGCGAAUGAAAGUUCAAUUAAAUUAAGGCCUAAGCUUGAAACAAGUAAUUAUGAGUCUGUGAAUAAUAUCAACUUGAUCAAAAUAGAAAUGAAAUUAGAUAAAUAAAUUAAAUCACCUCCAUAAACAGCUCCUAACUAAGGCUUCUAUCAUAAAAGAAAUUCAAUGGACUAGAAUAGACAUAGUGAAUAUAGAGUAUUGAGUCCAUCCAGAACUACGAGUAACUUAAUUGAUGUGUAAGAUGGAUAGAACCAUGAUAAAGAUAUAAGAAAAGAUAGGGACUCGGAUGUUCCAGACUCGUCUAAGAUAAAUAGGCUUAUCAAAUCAAGAAAAUUUGAAGAUAUAAAGGAAAGAAACCAAGAACUUUUUUCAAUAUUCUAAGGGCCAAGCACCAACAGUAAUAACAGUAAUCACCUACCUUAUAGAAAUAAUUCAUAGAUACAGAAUUCCUUUGCCUUUGCAUCCUUCAGCACUCCCAACUUACUAAUUACUAAAAAGCAAGAAUUUCAAUAGUCUCUUUCUGGAAUGACUAACUUAAGAAAGAUUUCCGGCUCUCAGGCCAAAAGAUAGAUAGACAAGGCUCAAAUGCUUCUAUAGAAUAAUGCUGAUAUUCAAAAACGAAUUAAUCUUUACGAAAAUAAAUCAAGAUCGGAAUUCGCUGGACCAUAAGAGGAGACCAAAUAAUAGUAGAUUAGGAAUGAGGUCUACUUUAAUAUAGUGGGGAAGUCAAUGACUAAGAAGGACGAGCGAGCCCACGAUGCAGCACUUUUGGAAUUAGCAUUGAAAAAGGGCUAACAUCAUCAGGAUUUUAAGUACUACUUGCAGUACUCAGGGUUCUCUAAGACUGCCCGUUUUUAUUAGUGA